CGCCCAUUGGCUUGGGAACACGGAAGCUCCGCCCACAAGCCUUUGUGCGCAGGUUCUUCUGGCUGGCAGGGCCGGGGCGCGUCGUUGUCAUGGAGGGCGCUGAGACCCCAGAGCAGGCAGAGGGAGACGUGGAGAGUCGGGAAGUUCCAGCGGCGGCUGGUCAGGGAGGAGCCCUGGUGGAGCGCACGCCGAGCCCCGGCGGCCUGGCCCUCGUGAGCCCCUACCACACCCACCGGGUCGGGGACCCGCUGGACCUCGUGGCGCUCGCAGAGCAGGUCCAGAAGGCUGAUGAAUUUGUCCGAGCAAAUGCCACCAGCAAGUUGUCAGUCAUAGUUGAACAAGUCCAGCAUUUGCAAGAACAAGCCAGAAAGGUUCUGGAAGAUGCCCGCAGAGAUGCUGACUUGCAUCACAUAGCUUGUAACAUGGUGAAAAAACCUGGCAGUAUUUACUAUCUUUAUCAACGUGAGAGUGGCCAGCGAUACUUCUCCAUUAUUUCUCCAAAGGAAUGGGGAACAAGUCGUCCGCAUGACUUCCUUGGGGCCUACAAGCUACAGCAUGAUUUAUCUUGGACUCCAUACGAGGACAUUGAGAAGCAAGAUGCUAAAAUCAGCAUAAUGGACAGGCUGCUGAACCAGCCCGUGGCUGUGCCCCCAUGCACGGAACCCAUCUUCCAGGGACUGAGUCGUGAGUGCGGACCCUGACCAGCAGCUCUCACAAGGGCCCGAAUGUCACCUCCUCGUGGCCCUGAUUCUCUGCUUGAUGGAAGUGGUCAUGAGAACUGAGGGCAUGUAGGUGGAUCUUGGAAUGAUGCCCUGUAUGAAUGUAAAUCCUGUUGUUACUGCCUUUAGUUAGGAUGAGAGGAAUCACAGCACUCUCUCUUGGAAUCCUCUCAGGGCCACUGCUACCCAGCUAGUGAGUUUCAGAGCACUGGCCCGUCAGCUUUCCUUCUUCAUCUCCAGCUGUUCUCUUCAGCCGAAGUGUUAAAGACUCUUCUUCCCACAGAAAGCUUGGUGGAUCGUUUUCCAGAGGGACCUGCUUUCAGUUUUGUGUCAGGUUAGGUUGAGCUGUCCUGUAAUUGAUACACCUCCAGCUGCGGAUUUAUCUAGUAACUGGAAUGUUGGCUACUGCAGCAUGAUUAAAAAGGAAAAGAACAUCCAUGGCUGGA